AUGCACGCGGGGCUCCUGGGGCUCUCUGCCCUGCUGCAGGCGGCCGAGCAAAGCGCGCGCCUCUGCACCAUUGUUUACCACUUUGCCACAGGUUGUCUCCUCUGGGGUUGGCUAGCCCUUUCUGUCCUCGUGCCGGGCUUCUUGGUCCAGGCCCUGAGCUAUCUGUGGUUCCGCGAAGACGGGCAUCAGGGCCAAUGGUGGCUGGCAGUGCUACAUCUUCUGCAGCUUGGCGUCUGGAAGCGGCACUGGGACUCUGUGGCAGCCGCUCUGCGGAAGGAAAGGGAGGUUCCCUGCUGGGGACAGCUGCACCUGCAGGAGGCUGACCUGUCAGCCCUCCGGCUCCUGGAGGCUCUGCUGCAGACAGCGCCCCACCUGCUGCUUCAGGUGUAUGUGUUUCUAGCCUCUGACUUCACAGCCAUUGUGCCAGGGAUCAGCGCCCUGCUCUCCUGGUCUUCACUGUCCUGGGCCCUUGUGUCAUACAAUCGUUUCCUGGGCAUCAUGAAGCCAGGCCACCGUACCGUGCUAUGGGCUGCCCUCUUGUGCCAGCAGCUCUGGAGGAUGGGCGUGCUGGGAGCUCGUGUGCUGAGCCUGGUUCUGUUCUGCAGAGUUUACCGUGUCUGGGUUUUGGUGGUUGGAGGCGCCCACUGGCUGGUGAUGACCUUCUGGCUCGUGGCCCAGCAGAGUGACAUUGUGGAAAGCACCUGCCACUGGAGGCUGUUCAACCUGCUGGUGGGGGCCGUGUAUAUCCUCUGCUACAUCAAUUUCUGGGACAGCCCUUCCCGAAGCAGGAUGGCCAGCUUCUACCUGGUCAUGCUGCUGGAGAACUCCAUACUCUUACUGUUGGCCACUGACUUUCUGCAGGGGGCACCAUGGACCAGCCUGUGGACUGUGGUGGGUGUCUUGUCUGGAUUUCUGAUUGGGUGUGCGUCGCUGGCUAUUUAUUAUAGCCUGCUACAUCCUAAGUCCGCAGACAUCCAGCAGAGCUUCAUGAGGAACUGCUGUGGCCCCACAGAGGAUGACAGAGCUGAAUCAGAGCCUCCUCCCAGGGCCAUGGUUCCCGCUGAGGAGAGGCCGGACAGCUCAAGCUGGUGCCAAGAGGAAAGCUAUGAGCUAACAAGCCUAGAUAAGGCCUCCAGCCCAGAGCAGAGCCCUGCAGAGGUGGGGCUGGGGGACCAGAGAUCCGGGGAAUAUUCUUUCUUCAGCCACCACCACUGGCUGCUGGUGAAACUUGCUCUCAAGACAGGAAGCAUAUCUAAGAUCAACGCAGCCCUUGGAAGUGACAGCCUUGGCUGCUCCUGUCCCCCCGUACUGGGGUCGAGUCAACACUGUAAUCUGCAGAGGAAGCCCCUGUUUUCCCAGCGAGACCUCCCAUCCUCUCCCCGUGACCCUUUGACCUUGGAGAAAGGCUCUGAGUAUGCAGGUGCGCCAAUGGCAGAGAUGGAGUCAUUGGAAACUUCGAGCUAUGUCUCCUUUGCCAGUGAGCUUGAGGACAAUGCAACAACCCAGAAGCCUCCAGCUACGCAGGAGGGUAGCCCAAAGGCUGGGACCAAGACUGACCUCGCAGCUCAGGACAAGGACACAGAUGGGCCCCUAAAGGGGAAGGAAAGACAGGAGAGUACCACACUGUACUUCAGCGCCACCAUGGACAGGACCACAUCCUCCUACGAAAAAGGUAGCCCCGUGGCUCUGCGGACAUCCCACCCAGGGACAUUGGGAGAGAGCGGGCCUGUGCAGCCUGCAUUGCCUCAGGCAGUCACUAAGCCCUUUCCUGUUACCAUGGCCAACAUUAGUCCCAUUCUAGGCAGAGUCUCAGGCAGGGACUUCUGCCCCCGUGCAGACCUCCACGGAAGAGUCCCAGACAGUUGGGAUUGUGAGGAGUGGAAGGGGCCUGCAAAGGACCUGAGUUUGCAGCGUUCAUUGCCAAAGAUGAGCCUGAAACCUGCUGAAGAGCCCCAAUUCACAUCUACCCCCAAGUCCGAGACUCUCCAGAGGGACUAUAGCUUCAGGGACAGGAUGAAACAGGAGGUGAGUUUUUUCAUCUGAUCUUAGCCAUGGUGGAAUAAGACGACAGGCCCAUACAUCAGACUCGCCGUGUAGCAUCAUGGGAAGAGGAAUCCCGUGCCUGACACCAUGGGUCUUUGUACUUCUGAUCUCUGCCUACACACCUGAAAAGAUGAGGGAUCAGGAUUGGGUAAUGACUGAAAUCUCCCCUACACAUCACACAUGGCACUUAAGGCACAGCAGAGAUUCGGGUGCAGUGGAGAGAGCAAAGAGGCUUCCGGUUCCUCUUAUGAGCACCGUGAGUCCCAGCACAUCUCUUUGUGGCUUCCAGAAAAAUGUAAACGUAAAACUCAGAGUCCAGUUUCAUCCUGGAUUCUUUACAGUUAGCUGU